AUGCACUCCUCUAUUUACGCUGGACUGCUCUGUACCCUGGCCGCCCCUUCUAUGGGCGCGGUCUGGGAGAGCCUAUCUGGAGGUGUCCCUGAUACUUGGUCGCUCGUUGACACACCCUCUGACUCAACAAUGGCUCUGUCCAUUGCUCUGAGUCGCAAGAAUUUGGACCAAUUGCAAUCUACUUUGAUCAAGGUUUCCACACCUGGCAACUCAGAGUACGGUAAAUGGCUCGAGAAAGAGGACGUCGACUCGAAAUUCCCCUUAGUAGAUGAUGCUCGCGUUGUGAGCUGGUUAAAGGCAAAUGGCAUCACGGACUAUACCCGUGAAGGUUCUCUGAUUAAGUUCAGCGGAUCGGUUGAGAAGAUCAACAAGCUGCUCGAUACUACUUUCGCCAAUUACGAGAAAGGUGGAUCAGUGAAGCUGCGUACUAGCGAGUACUCUAUUCCCGAUGAUCUCUCUGAUUACAUUGAUGUCAUCUCGCCAACUGUUUACUUUGGCAAGACCCGCGCCGCUCAUCCUGUGCCUUCAAAGCCUCGCAACUUGCGCAGUCGCUCUGCACAAAUUUCUUCAACAUGUGAAGAUAGAGUUUCCCCCGAGUGCAUCAAGGAGAUGUACAACGUGGGAGAUUACACCCCGAAAGUCUCGUCUGGAAGCAAGAUCGGAUUCGGUAGCUUCUUGAACGAGUCUGCUUCUCAGUCUGAUCUGGCAGCGUACCAAGCACUUUGGGGUCUUCCUCGCCAGUCGUUCACUGUUGAGACUCUCAACGGAGGCGUGGAUAACCAGACAGCUCCAGAGGCUGAUAGAGGCGAAGCUAAUCUCGACGUGCAGCUUAUCAAUGCUGUGUCUCACCCUCUGCCCAUUCAUGAGUUUAUCAGCGGUGGUGUCGCCCCAUACAUCCCUGAUGCUGAUGAGCCUGACCUGGAUGAAAAUGAGCCCUACCUCAUCUAUUACUCGUACCUUCUUUCUAAGGCCAAUUCCGAGCUCCCUCAGGUGAUCUCGAACUCAUAUGGUGACGACGAACAGACCGUCCCCGUGAAGUACGCCAAAAGUGUCUGCGACCUGAUCGGCUUGAACGGCCUUCGUGGUCUGACUAUUCUCCACUCAUCUGGUGACGAGGGUGUUGGUUCCGCUUGCGCAUCUGCCGAUGGCAAGACUCCCGAGUUCAACCCAAUCUUCCCAGCUACUUGCCCCUAUGUGACAGCUGUUGGUGGUACUUCCGGCGUCAGCCCUGAGUACGCUUGGAACGCCUCAUCCGGUGGUUUCUCUAGUGUCUUCGACCGCGCUUGGUUCCAGGAGUCAGCUGUCAAGACUUACCUCACCCACGUCAGCAAGGAGACCCAGGAGUACUACGGCAAGUAUACCAACUUCGAGGGUCGUGGUUUCCCAGACGUCUCAGCCCACAGUCUGUAUCCCGACUUCGAGAUUAUCAUUACCGGCCUGAAGAGUCUCUCGGGCGGUACUUCUGCUGCUUCUCCCACGUUCGCUGGUAUUAUUGGUCUUCUGAAUGACGCUCGUCUGCGCGCUGGCAAGCCUGCUCUCGGUUACUUGAACCCCUUCCUGUACUCAAAGGGCUUCAAGGCUCUCAACGACAUUACUACCGGUAGCUCCUACGGAUGCGGCGGCGUUGAUCCUCAGUCUGAGCAGGAAGUCCCUGGUGCUCUCAUUAUUCCCGGCGCCCACUGGAAUGCCACCACUGGGUGGGAUCCAGUGACUGGUCUGGGUACACCUGACUUCCAGAAGUUGAAGGACCUGGUCCUCUCUCUUUAA